CAAAAUUUUUUUUGUUUUCGAAGGAAGAAACUUUAAAAAAAGCAUGGCUGCAAGCUAUCAAUCGAAAAGAAGAGGAGUUGAAUAUGAAAUAUGCAAAAGUAUGUCAACAUCAUUUUUCACCCGACUGUAUGGAGGAAAGGUGAUAAUCUGACCACUAUGGAAUGUGCAAUAGAUGAAUCACAGUCGGAACAACACCAAAUACUAACACCAACAAAUGAACCAGAAACAGAAAUCGAAAAAUUGAAGCGCCUGCUGAACGAAUCACAGGAAAAAGUGAAACAAAUGGAAUCGAAAUGUGGGCAGCUGGAGCAAUUAUUAAAAGUAAAAACCAAUGAUUUAGACGUAAAAACCAAGGAUUUAGAAGCUAUGAAAAAGAUAAAUAAAGCAAAUUUAGAAGAUAUAGACAAGAAUAGAAGAGCAGAACAAAGAACUGCAACAAUAUUAAAUUCAAUCUUUACACCAGGGCAAAUAACAAAGCUGUUUGCAGAAAAUAGAAAAAGAAUUACUUGGUCAGCCGAGGAUAUAUCUUCUGCAAUUGCUCUCCGAUCAUUGAGUGGUAGAACGUAUAAAUACUUGCGAGAAGUAAAACAAAUGCCAUUGCCUUGCGAAUCCACACUACGAAAUUGGGCUGCAUGGGCUGUUGAAGGAUGUUUUAAAGAUAAUGCACUCAAAGGGAGAAAACUUAACCGCUGUUGAUAAGAUUGCCGUUCUAUGCUUCGAUGAAAUAUAUGUGUCGAAUUUAUUAGAUAUCGAACGAAGAGAGCAACGAGUUUAUGGAUCGCAUAAAACUUGCCAAGUUGUCAUGGGCCUUUUCUCUAAGUGGAAGCAGCCUA